GUAAACACCAUCCAAUCCCAUCAUGCCUUGCGUUGUGCCCGCCGACACAGAGAGCUAGCGAUGCUAGGCUAGCCGCUGUUAGCAACCGGAGGCGGACAUGUUGUGCCGACCCUUCCUUGAAUAAACAUUGUUUUAAAAUCGUAUUUUUGGUGUUUAGGGGAAGGCUCCGUACGUUGGGCAACCAUGGAUGCUGUUAACGCCUUCAACCACGAGUUAUUCUCCUUAAUGGAUUCUAAGCCACCAAUCUCUCGGGCUAAGAUGAUCUCUAUCACCAAAUCAGCCAUCAAAGCUAUGAAACUUUACAAACAUGUUGUCCAGAUUGUGGAAAAGUUCAUUAAAAAGUGUAAGCCUGAGUACAAGGUGGCUGGUCUGUAUGUGGUGGAUUCCAUAGUUCGGCAGUCCAGGCACCAGUUUGGGCCUGACAAGGAUGUGUUCGGUCCAAGAUUCACCAAAAACAUUACUGCAACUUUUGAGAACCUUUGCCUUUGCCCUGUGGAGGACAGGAGUAAACUAGUACGUGUGUUGAACCUGUGGCAGAAGAAUGGAGUGUUUAAGAUUGAGGUUAUUCAGCCUCUCUUGGACAUGGCAGCUGGCACUACCAGUGCUGCUACUCCGCCUGCGGGCAUAGAUGAGCCAGGUUCUCCACCGUCUCCAGCCAAUGAGCCAGUUACUGAGGCAAUGACCAACUCCACCAUGACAUCUGCACCUGACAACCUGACAUCUGCAAACUCUGAUGCCUUUGCUGCUGUGGCACAGCUGUUCAAGUCUUCACAAGGCCAUCAGCUUCAGCAAAUGCUUCAGAACUUUCAGCAGCAGCCAGUGAACCCAGAGGCGAACCCUCAGCCCCCUGCUCCGACCAUUCCAACACAUCCUCAGAAUGUCACUCCUGCUCAGGGUGUGGUUGCUCCACAUCCUCCUCUACCACCGCAGCCUCCCCAACCCUCCCCACAAAAGACGGCCUUUGACAAGAAAUUGCUGGACCGUUUUGACUAUGAUGAUGAACCAGAAGGUGGAGAAGAAGCAAAGAAAGAUGAAACUUCAUCACAGCCCUCUUUUAUGCAGCAGCCUCCAGCCUUCCCUCAGCAGAUGGAGCACUUUCAACCACAGAUGUUAAACAUGUCACAGGAUCCCUCUCAUCAGAUUCCUCUCCCUCCUAAUGGCCAGCUUCAAGCAUAUGGCUUACCUCCCGGACAAGGCUUUCCAGGUUUGAUGCCAUUGAUUGGGCAGCCUCAGCUGGAGCAGCCACUCCCUGGUUCUGCUGGGCCUCCAGUCUUCCAGGGAGGAUUACCCCCAACUAAUGCAACCCAGCAACUACAGCAGGAUUUGUCUAUGGAUGUGGAUCGUUCAUCUGUGAGGGAUGGCAGACAUGGUCGCAGGUCACACUCAGGUUCAAAGUCUCCAAAGCGGAGGCGAUCACGGUCUAAUUCCCGUACACGGCGGUCCAGGCACAGGCGGUCCCGCUCACGCUCCAGAGACCGGCGUCAUCAUUCCCCGCGCUCUCGUUCACAGGAGCGAAAGGAAAGGGAGAAAGAGAGGGAGAGAAGACAGAAAGGCCUUCCACCACUCAAGAGUGAGACACUAAGCGUUUGCAGUACAACACUCUGGGUUGGCCAGUUGGAUAAGAGAACACAGCAGCAAGAUGUUGCUUCUUUAUUGGAGGAGUUUGGACAGAUUGAGUCCAUUAAUAUGAUUCCUCCACGUGGAUGUGCCUAUAUUGUCAUGGUGCACCGACAAGAUGCCUUCAGAGCGCUGCAGAAACUCAGCAGGGGGUUGUUCAAAGUUAACCAGAAAGCCAUAAAGAUUGCUUGGGCUUUGAACAAAGGCAUAAAGGCGGAGUUUAAACAGUACUGGGAUGUGGAGUUGGGCGUCUCCUACAUACCUUGGUCUAAAGUCAGAGAGGACCAGCUGGAGGAGCUAAAAGAAGGAGGAAUACUGGAUGUUGAUACCUUAUCUCCAGAGUGGAGUGGUGUGCAGAAGAGUUUUGAAAAUCCACAGGAACUGAACCACAAUGGGCGUUCAGAACUGCAGCAGCCUGAAGAGGCACAAAUAUUACCUAUGUCUGCUCCUCCUCCUGCACAGAUUCCUCCAAUGCAGCAGCCGGGGAUGGGUGUCGGUCCGCUCCAGCCUCCUGUGUUUCCCGGUCCUAUAGGCAUGCCGCCACCUUCCUUCCCUCCUGGUGUCCCACCUCCUCCAUUCAUGAGACCUGCCUUCAAUCCCAUGCAGAUGCCACCAGGUUUUCCUCCUCCAGGUGCCAUGCCACUUGGCCCCCCGCCACCUUCAAAAGUGGGAGUAGAGGAAAUGCCUCUGGAUCCUGCAAGUCUGGGUAACAGAAACAAUGAUGAGGGUCCUGAGCGUCCUAAUAUCUUCAACAACCAGAUGGGACCUAUGGGUAACCCUGUACUUGGGCUUCCAGGUGGUCCUCCAGCAAAUAUCCAACCCCCUUCUGGUGGCUUGCUUGGGGCACGGCCUGGAAUAAUUCCACUCCAGCGUCCUCCAGUGCCACCACCACCACAUAUGCAGCGUUUUCCUCCACUUCAUGGUCCACGUCCACCUCAUCCCAACAUGCCCCCUAUGCCCCCGCAGAUUUUACCCAGGGGCCCGCCUUCUCAGAUGAUUCAUCAUGAGCCACCACAACCCAAAGGAGGCUUUGGAAUGCCACCUCCUCACAAUGUGAGGGGUCCUUUUCCUCCACAUGGCCAUGGCCCUCCUCCUCAGGGUCCUCCUCAAGGUCCUCCUCGGGGUCCUCCUCCUCCAUUCAUCAGACCAGGUGGUCCAAGGGGCCUAGAAGUGCCAGACGAAAUGGACAGCAGACCAUUCAGGGGAGACAGGCCUGGAUUCAGGGACAGAGAGCCAGAAAGAGAGAGAGACUGGGAUCGAGAAAGGGAUAGAGAGAGGGACCGAGGCUUUGGAGGAGGGAGACGUCCAUUUGGUGAUGGAGGGAGAGGAGUAGGUGGUGAUAGAAUGGAUGGAAGGGACAGGCUUGGAGGAUGGCAGCAAGACGGUGGAGAUCAUCGAGGAGGAGGGUGGGAGAGAGACCGAGACAGGGAUCGUGAGAGGGAUAGAGAUAGAGACAGGCGGGACUGGAGGGAGAGGCGCAGCAGCCUGGAUAGCGACAGGGAUCGGGGGAGGGGUGAUGAAGGGGAGAGGGAUCGUGGGAGGGGGAAUGGAGGCGAAAGAGGAAGGGGAGAAGGAGGGAACCGAGAAAGAGGGAGAGGGGUUGAGGGAAAAGAAGGCGACAGGCCAAGGCGCUCAGAACGGCGAGAGAGAAUCUCACGAUGGGACAAAGACGAUCGACUGGCUGAACUGGAAAAGAUGGACAAAUUGAGGACCUCUGACAGCACAGAGAAACCUCAGGUGACUCCUGUGGUGACUCUGGAAACCACUAAAGAACCAAGUGUGGAACCUCAAAAGAAGGCAGAAUCUGAACCUUCACCUCCGGCCCAAGAAGUAAGUAGUGCUGUAGCAGAGCCAUCGCCCUCUAAGCCUUUACCUCCAGCUCCAAGUGACUCCACGGAAACAAAACCAGAGUCAGCGUCAUAGGCCGACUCGCUGCUCCUUCGGGCAGAGACUGAUGUGCCCACAGCUGAAAGAUAAGACAGACACUCAUGACUGAUAGGCCGCCACCUUGGCCAACGGCUUCUGACUAAUUGCACUGUCAGGUUUGUCAGUUGGUAUUUCAGUUUUUUGGACAGUAAGACAUUUCUGCAAAAUGAACAUUUAUCACGCAUAAUGUCUAAUAGAGUGAAUCAGUUCAGCUUUUAUGACAUUACGUCUGUGUCCUGAAGCACAGACCCACAUACAAAAACAUUGGAGGAAAAUGGCUGUAGUUGAACUGUCAGUUCUAGAGUAGUGUUUCUCCUUAGUGUGAAUCGUAAGAAUGAAUGUUGUUCUCCUCCCCCCCCCCCCGUUUUCUGUGAAGCUUUUAAUUUUAGAUUCUUUUUUUCUUUCACAUUUGUUUGCAGAAUUUUGGUUUUGGACAUGUGGGACAGUAACCAACUCCCAAGAUCCCAUCCCAAGUAAACAUUUUCAUUUCAAAACAAUUUAUUUAUUUAUUUUUUUUUUUUAUUUCAGAAUACUUUGUUGAACACUGAAUAUCUUUCCAAACAUCCACCUGGUAAAAUAUUGGAGGCUUCAUUUCAAGUUGUCACAUUCAUGUUUUUCAUCAGCUCAUUCUUGGACAGUAAGUCUUCAUAAGGUUUAGUGUGACCUUGUAAUAAUAUAUUCUGGAAUUGAGGGGACAUAACAUUGAGAAUAAGGUUUAAUCAUUGAUUUGCUCAAUAUUGCUCAGCAUGAACAUAAGCAGUUGGCUUAAUUUUGACAGCAGUAUCACAAUUAACAACAAAUGCCCACAAUCCUUAAAAAGGUUUCAGAUUAAUGUAAGUGAACAAUAUGAACAUUCCACAACCUCUACAAUUCUUAUAAGCAGAGAAAAUGUUUAAUAGAAAUAAAAUUUUAUUCUGACAACUCCUCUUAAUCUAAUUGGGAUUGAAACCCCUUAACAUGCCUGUAAUUGAUAGUCAGGAAUUUAAAAAUGAGUCACAUUCUUGGAGGGGCUUUUUAGCUAAAUGUUAAUUUUUGUUUUGUUUUACAUCAGGUGAAUUUGCUUAUAAGUAAUUCUUUAGUUACAGAAAUUCUGACAUAAUUUUCUCAAAUAUUUAAAUCAGAAUAGUUGGAUAAUUAGUUGCAUUCUAACGCAUUGUAUUGUUGCUAGGGGAUGGCAUUUCAGUGUUUUGUGCACAGAAAUUAGGAAUGUGAAGAUAUGUUUAUUCCUUAUUCAUCAUUGCGUAUUCUUUUGUAUAUUUGGCAAGUAAAGAUGUGAUUUUAUGAAAGUGGGUUUUGCUCAAGGUAAGAGCAACUGAGGUCAUCUAAAUGUAUUCCAAAUAAAAGGAAACCCAUCAAACAUAUUAAACUUACAGCAUAGCCAUUUACAAAUUAGAUUUGCAAUAAAACUGCUUGGACCAGGCCUCUUAAAAAAAAAAAAAGAAAAAAAGUGGGGGAUGGGUGACAGAACCCCCACUUCUGUGUGUUAAGGGGGUUACCUUUGGACUUUUAAUUUUCAUUUUAAGCAGCAAUUUUUUAAAAUCUGAUAAAUACUUAUGUUGAGAUAUGAAAAUUCACUUGAAAAGUAAAGAAACGUCUGACGUUCACACCCUGGAAUAAAUGUACAGUUUGUGUUUUUCUUUUAGGUUUAAUAGAGAAGUACCUAUCCUACAGAGGAAAGCUGUUGAUUUCUAUUUGAAAACUAUUUUACACAACAGAAAUUUGAGCAAAACACCAGGUCACUUGACUAUAGGGAUGCGACACGCGUUUUAUGUUUCUGGAGAUCUUUUGUCUGUGUGAAUGGAAAGGAGGCACACUUGCGUCGUAACAAGCCAUUUUAUCGAGUUAUGUCAUAAAGCAGCUGCUGUCACAUUUUAAUAAGUUUGUUGCAACAUUAAAUUAGAAAAUGUACCCCUGCCACUGAACUCAAACUGUAUGGACACAGCUUGCAAAUAUAGUGUAUCCUGUAUUCCACUCUAGAAAUCCUGUUUUCUGCCUGAUCAAUUUUGAGAUUGUUCAAGCCCCAUUCUGGUGUUUGAAUAAUUAACCGCAUAGUAACUGAUUGCAAAAAUAGUCACAAAAUGAAAAGUGUUACUUGAAACACACUGCUGUAAAUAUGCUUGUGUCACUGAAGAUUCCAAAGUGUAAUAAUUGUUGUUUAUAACCGAUUAUUCGUUUAUCAGAGAAGCAAAUUGACUUGGAAGGAACAACAGAGGCUGUUUGCCUUAACAUUUUUAACUCCAAAUGGCUUGAAAGUUGACAGAUGUUUCUAUGGUUUGUUAAAAAUGCAAAAGACCUGGGCAAAUAAAAUCUUCAAUAUUUCAGUCAUAGGAUGUUGUUUCUAAUAAACUAUUUUUUUACCAAAUCA